AUGACGGACGGGCCCCGCAUGUCGGACGGGCCCCGCUCGGACGUGGGCCGCUGGGGCGGGAGCUCCUGGUCGGGCUCGCCGUCCCCCGAGCCCGAGCCCGACCGCCGCUCCUCGCCCGACGCCGACCGCCGCUCCCGCCGGCGGGGCCGCUCCUUCUGGGCUCGCUGCUGCCCCUGCUGCUCGUGCCGGCGCGGGGACGACGACGGGGGCUCCGAGCCCUACGGAGAACGAGGCUCCAGCGCGGGCGGACGCAGGCCCCCCUCCCGGGGCAGCCCGGUGAACGCGGCCGGAGAUGGCACCAUCCGAGAGGGCAUGCUGGUGGUGCGGGGCGUGGACCUGCUGAGCUCCCGCUCGGACCAGAACCGCCGGGAGCAUCACACUGAUGAGUUUGAGUACGAUGAGCUGAUCCUGCGCCGCGGACAGCCCUUCCACCUGGUCCUCUUCCUGUCCCGGCCCUACGAGUCCUCUGACCGCGUUACCCUGGAGCUGCUCAUUGGAAACAACCCCGAGGUGGGCAAGGGCACCCACGUGAUCAUCCCCGUGGGUCGAGGGGGCAGUGGAGGCUGGAAGGCGCAGGUGACCAAGGCUAGUGGGCAGAACCUGAACAUCCGGGUCCACACGUCCCCCAACGCCAUCAUCGGCAAGUUCCAGUUCACCGUUCGUACACACUGCGAAGCCGGCGAGUUCCAGCUGCCCUUUGAACCUCACAAUGAGAUCUACAUCCUCUUCAAUCCCUGGUGUCCAGAUGACAUCGUGUAUGUGGACCGUGAGGACUGGCGGCAGGAGUACGUGCUUAAUGAAUCUGGAAGAAUCUACUAUGGGACCGAAGCACAGAUUGGCGAGCGGACUUGGAAUUAUGGGCAGUUUGACCAUGGGGUGCUGGAUGCCUGCCUGUACAUCCUGGACCGGCGGGGUAUGCCGUAUGGAGGCCGGGGGGAUCCCGUCAGUGUGUCGCGCGUCAUCUCUGCCAUGGUGAACUCCCUGGAUGACAACGGGGUCCUGAUUGGGAACUGGUCUGGCGAUUACUCCCGAGGCACCAACCCGUCGGCGUGGGUGGGCAGUGUGGAGAUCCUCCUCAGCUACCUCCACACGGGCAACUCGGUCCCCUACGGCCAGUGCUGGGUCUUCGCAGGCGUGACCACUACAGUGCUGCGCUGCCUGGGUCUCGCCACCCGAACCAUCACCAACUUCAACUCAGCUCACGACACAGACACGUCCCUCACCAUGGACAUCUACUUCGAUGAGAACAUGAAGCCUCUGGAGCAUCUCAACCACGACUCUGUGUGGAACUUCCACGUGUGGAAUGACUGCUGGAUGAAGAGGCCAGACCUGCCCUCCGGCUUCAAUGGGUGGCAGGUAGUGGACGCCACCCCGCAGGAGACCAGCAGCGGCAUCUUCUGCUGUGGCCCCUGCUCUGUGCAGUCCAUCAAGAAUGGACUCGUCUACAUGAAGUACGACACACCCUUCAUUUUUGCUGAGGUGAACAGUGACAAGGUAUACUGGCAGCGGCAAGACGAUGGCAGCUUCAAGAUUGUCUACGUGGAGGAGAGGGCCAUUGGCUCACUCAUCAUCACGAAGGCCAUCGGCUCCAACAUGCAGGAGGAUGUCACUCAUCUCUACAAGCACCCUGAAGGCUCAGAAGCAGAGCGCAAGGCGGUGGAGACUGCAGCAGCUCAUGGCAGUAAACCCAAUGUGUACGCCUCGCGGGACACGGCUGAAGACGUGGCCAUGCAGGUGGAAGCGCAGGACGCGGUGAUGGGGCAGGACCUGACUGUCUCCGUGGUACUGAGCAACCGUGGCAGCAGCCGCCGCACCGUGAAGCUGCAUCUCUACCUCUCGGUGACCUUCUACACCGGCGUCUCAGGCUCUGUCUUCAAGGAGAGCAAGAAGGAAGUGGUGCUGGCACCUGGGGCCUCGGACCGCGUGGUCAUGCCUGUGGCCUACACGGAGUACCGGCCGCACCUCGUGGACCAGGGGGCCAUGCUGCUCAAUGUCUCGGGCCACGUCAAGGAGAGCGGGCAGGUGCUGGCCAAGCAGCACACCUUCCGGCUGCGCACCCCAGACCUCUCCCUCACCUUGUUGGGCGCUGCUGUGGUUGGCCAGGAGUGCGGUGUCCAGAUCGUCUUCAAGAACCCACUGCCAAUUACCCUCACCAACGUUGUGUUCCGGCUCGAGGGCUCCGGGUUACAGAGACCCAAGGUCCUCAAUGUUGGGGACAUCGGUGGCAACGAGACAGUGACGCUGCGGCAGACUUUCGUGCCCGUGCGGCCAGGGCCCCGGCAGCUCAUUGCCAGCCUGGACAGCCCGCAGCUCUCCCAGGUGCACGGGGUCAUCCAAGUGGACGUGGCCCCAGCUUCCAGUGGUGCUGGUUUCUUUUCUGAUGCUGGAGGCGGUGGUAACUCAGGCGAGAACAUCCCCAUGGCAUCUCGAGGUGGGGCUUAGCCCUGGCCUGGAGCCUGAGGAACAAGGACACUGCCCCAGGACGG